GCGGUGCUUGAAAAGGACGACAAAAUUGUGCGCCUAAAAAAAGUGCAGGCUCACGCUCAAGGGCAACUGGAGCAGUUCGAGCAGCAGCAACAGCAAGAGCAACAGCAACAUCAGCAGCAGCAACACCUGCAGCAGCAGCAACAACUGUUGCAACAACAGCAGCAGCAACAACACUAUCACAGCUACACCGCCAAUAGCAACAACAACAAUUACAAAAUGCAUUUAACAACGACAUCGAGCAAUUCGACGGCAUCUAAUGCCAACAACAAUAACAACAACACAACCAACAACAAUAAUAAUACCAGCAGCAACAACAACAACAACACGAGCAACACGAAUGGCAGCAGCAACAACAACAACAACACGAGCGGUGGAAACAGUAGUGGAAAUAAUAACAGCAACAACACGGAGCAAAAUACACCGCCAACGCCCGCGCAACUUUUAAACGAGGCCUACACGAAAAUGACCUCGGACAUUCUGGCCGAGCGAACGCUGGGCGACUUCCUCACCGAACAUCCAGGCGAGCUGAUCCGCACCAGCAGUCCGCUCUUCGUCUGCACAGUGCUGCCGCCCCAUUGGCGGAGCAACAAGACGCUGCCGGUGGCCUUCAAGGUCGUCUCGCUGGGCGACAUCAUGGACGGAACGAUGGUCACCGUGCGGGCGGGCAACGAUGAGAACUACUGUGCGGAGCUGCGCAACUGCACGGCGGUGAUGAAGAACCAGGUGGCCAAGUUCAACGAUCUGCGGUUUGUGGGAAGGAGCGGCAGAGGGAAGAGCUUCACGCUAACCAUCACCGUGUCAACGAAUCCACCGCACAUAGCCACCUACAACAAGGCGAUCAAAGUGACUGUCGAUGGGCCACGCGAGCCCCGUUCCAAGACAAUGUUAUCCCUUUUAGGACAGCAACAGCAGUUCCACUUCGCCUUUGGCCAAAGACCCUUCCACUUCUCCACGGAUCCACUUUCCGGCUUCCGGAUGCCGCCCAUCGGCAAUUGUCAGAGUGCCAGCAACACGCACUGGGGCUAUGGAUCGGCUGCCUCAGCGUAUUCGCCGUAUUUGGCCAGCAGCGGCUUAUCCUCCUGCACCACGCCCACUUCCGCCCAGUUCAACAAUCCGGCCCUGGGCUUCACCUGCUCCUCCAACGAUCAGAGCAACAACCAGGACUUCGGAGGAGCCACCAAUCGCGACUGCGUUCCAAUGCUGCCCGACUCGACGGCCAGCGAUCUGGACCAGCACCUGAGCAGCCUGGUGGGCUCGACCAGCGGCCAGAUGACGCACCACAGCCUGCUGGGUGCCGGCGGCCAGACGUCGAUCUCGUCGACGGUCAACGGAGGGGCCAGCGGCGGCGGUGGCAGCGGUGCCGGCGGAGCAGGUGCCGCCGGAGCGGGCAGCGGCGGAGCGGCGGGCGGCAAUUCGAUCCUGGUGCCCCGCUACCACACCAAUGCGAGCAACGAGUACAAUGUGCAUUCCAGCCAGAAUGGACCGCGCAGCCUCUCGGACAGCUCCCAGGCGGAAUCGCCGGUGCAGGAGGACCUGCUGACCACCAAUACCCCGAAUCUGGGCAGCACGGCGGGCGGAGGAGGAGGCGGUGGCGGUGGAGCGGGCAGCGCAUCGGCGGGCGGAGCCGCCGGCAGUGGAGCGCCUCCCUCGGGAGCAGGUGCCUCCGUCGUGGGCAACCCCUCGAUGCUGGGUGCCAAUCAGAAUUUCCCCGGCAUCGUCAAUCAGGCCCAGCACUCGGCCGCCUCGGCCUACGGAGGCGGUGGCUCCGGUGUGGUGGGCGGAGGCCCCCCCACCGCCGGCUGCAACGGCUCCCUGUAUCCCGUGCUGCCAGCCAGCCUGCUAUACUCCCAGCUCUACACGGCGGCCAACCAGUCCGCCCACGGCUUCCAUUCGCACACCCUGCCCGCCCACGCCUCCCCGAACUCCUCGGUCCACGGGGAGCUGCAGAGCGUCAUGGAUCACAUCAGCAAUGUGGGAGUGAGGCAGCAGCAUCACAACAUCAUGGCCGGCGGGGGGGUCACACAUCCCGGGGAUCUGACGCUGAUCGGGAACUGCGGGGCCUCGGUGAGGAAUAUCGAGGAUGGGGGGAAUAGCAAUCGGCAGGUGGCCGCCUUAGCUGCCCAUCGCGGCCACCACAAUCCCACCGACAAUGGGGGCAGCGUUUGGAGGCCCUAUUGA